GCCAGGCCUGAGCGGGAACGGGACUGAUAGAGGAAUUCUCUCCGUCUUCUCCUUCCUUAUUGCAGCUCAUGGCGGGCGGCGAGGAGAACGGGAGGGCAGGCAGCCUCGAGGAGCCGCUUCCCCCUUCUGACGAGCCGCAGGAGUUCCCCGAGGAGCAGCCCCAGCUGGAGGAGGAGCGGGAGGAGGACGGCGAAGAGGAAGAGUCGGAGCGCUCCGAGGAUCAUUUGAAGGGGGUGUUGGAUGAAGACACAGCUGCUGAGGGACUCCACACCUUUGGCUACUCAGCCCCUGGCACUGAAUAUGUUUAUCUUCAUCUCUCACUUCCAGGUCGUGAGUUGAGUGACAUCAGCAUUCUCUCUGGAUACAUCCACCUGCAGAAAAUGGAUCUUUCCUGCAAUAAAAUUAAUGAUCUUUCCUGUGUCAGCCACAUGCCUUAUUUAGUAGAGCUGAAUGUUUCCAGAAACCAACUGACCACAUGUUUCAAUUUUAAAGCACCAAAAAACCUCAGGGAAGUAGAUUUUUCACACAAUCAAAUCCAAAAAAUGCAAGAUUUGUCAGAAUACCACUCACUUACCACACUCCUGCUGGAUUAUAACGAGAUCGGGGAGAUCCGAGGGCUGGAGAGGUGUCACAGCCUGAGCCAGCUGGGUUUGUCACACAACAAACUCACUGCCAUCAGGGGCCUGGAGGAUCUGCCCAUCACAAUCCUCAACCUGAGCUUCAACCAAAUUGAGAAGGUGAAUGGGCUGAAGACCUUGAAAAAACUGCAGAGGGUGGAUCUGUCCUACAAUAAAAUAAACAGUCUGGAAGGCUUGGAGGGGCAUGAUCUGCUGGAGGAGAUCAACCUGGAGGAAAACCAGGUGGCUGAGCUGAAGGAGCUUAAAUGGAUUGAAGAUCUUCCUCUCCUCAGGGUUUUAAAUCUUCUGAAAAACCCUCUACAGGAACAACGUGGUUAUUGGCUCUCAGCGAUUUUCAUGUUGCUCCAAGUCACAGAACUGGAUCUCCAGGAGGUUUCAGUGGAAGAAAAGGUGGCUGCUGUGAAUAAAAAGGACCCUCCUCCAGAAGUCGUGGCUGCUGUGGAUCACAGGAUUCAGGUUUUGUACAACAUUCCUCAGCCUCAGACAGUCCUGCACAGCACUUUGCCUGGUGCUGAUGAGCAUUACCCCAUGCUGGUGUUGCUGGGGCCUCUGGCUGCUGGGAAGAGGCAACUUGCCCUCAAAAUCUGCAGAAAAUUCAAGAAUUCCUUCAGGUUUGGGCCCUGUCACACCACCAGGACAGCUUAUUUUGGGGAAGAAAACAGACUGGAUUAUUAUUUCAUUUCUCAAGAAGUUUUUGACAAAAUGGUGAAAGAAGGUGAAUUCCUGGUCACCUACAAAUGCAAUGGCCACAGCUAUGGGCUGGCCAGGGCCACCGUGGAGUCCAUAGCCAGGGAGGGGCUGGCAACCUGUGUGCACAUGGAGAUUGAGGGUGUCCGUAGCUUGAAGAACACCCACUUCAAACCCAGGUACAUCCUGCUGGUCCCAAAAGACAAAAAAAAUUAUGAGGAGCACCUGAGGAGAAUGGGAUUGUUCAGCAGGGCUCAGGUGGAGGAGGCAGUGGCCAGGGUGGAUCUGUACCUGGAAAUAAAUCAGAAUUUCCCUGGCUAUUUCCAUGCAGUCAUCAACACAGAUGACCUGGACGCGGCGUUCUCGGAGCUGAGCCACCUGGUGAGGAUCUACCUGGGCCUGGAGCCUCCUGAACCUCUGGAGACCAUUCCAGGCUCCAGAAUUCAGCUGUACCCAGAGGAGGAGCCACCCCCAGGUGAAGUCAGGGAUUUCUUGGAUCCUUUGGCCAAAAGUUACCCCCGAGACCUCCUGGAUGUUCUGACUGCCUCCCCAGGAUCUGUGGAAGAAGCCUCUCUCCAAAGACGUUUCUCUGCUGCACGUCAGGUGCUCGUUUUCCAAAGGGAUAUGAAAGCUGAAUUCUUGAACUCCCAGCAGCAGAAGCAGCCCCCACCAACAAUCCUGAGCCUGCCCUCAGAUGUCUGGAGAACCUCCCGGGAGCAGAAACGGCCCCAGAAGAGCAGACCCACCGUGCCCCCCGAUGACCGGGCGCGGACCCGCCCUGCGGCUCAGCAGACACCGGGAGCCAAGCUCCGCUCGCCGCACUGCCCUGCAUCAACCAUGUCCAGGCCCCACGUUGGCUCUAGGCAAUUUGGGUGUAUCAGGGACAUUUUUGUCACAUCUGAUGCAGCUUUUGUCGAAGCUCUGCGGAGGAAGCUUCGUGGAAAAGCCAAACCUGAGUACCAUGAGCCAGGAGGAGCUGGAAAAGGAGUGUGCAUGUCCAAAGAGAUUGAAGUGCUUGGUGAGAACUUCCUGAUGAAAUCCAGCAAGGCCAAGUCGGGUUCAUCUCUCAAGUUGGAUUCUUCUCCCAAAUUGGAUUCAUCUCCCAAGUUGGGUUCUUCUCCCAAGUUGGAUUCAUCUCCCAAGCUGGGUUCAUCUCCCAAGUUGGAUUCUUCUCCCAAGUUGGAUUCAUCUCCCAGGCUGGGUUCUUCUCUCAAGUUGGAUUCAUCUCCCAAGUUGGAUUCUUCUCCCAAGUUGGAUUCAUCUCCCAGGCUGGGUUCUUCUCUCAAGUUGGCUUUUUCUCCCAUGUUGGGUUAUUCUGCUGGGCCUGGUGAGAACUUCCACAGGAAAUCCAGCACAGCCAAGUUGGAUUCUUCUCCCAAGUUGGGUUCUUCUCCCAUGAUCAAGUUGGGCUUUUCUCCUGUGCCUGGUGAGAACUUCCAGAGGAAAUCCAGCAUGGCCAAGUUGGAUUCUUCUCCCAAGUUGGGUUCUUCUCCCAUGGUCAGGUUGGGUUUUUCUCCUGUGCCUGGUGAGAACUUCCAGAGGAAAUCCAGCACAGCCAAGUUGGGUUCUUCUCCCAGGUUGGGUUCUUCUCUCAAGUUGGAUUCAUCUCCCAAAUUGGAUUCAUCUCCCAAGUUGGAUUCAUCUCCCAAGCUGGGUUCUUCUCCCAAGUUGGGCUCUUCUCCUGUGCCUCAGCUCCAGUCCCAGCCAGGCUCCCACUCCAAACCUGUCCUGCCUCCAAUCUCACCUGGCUGGAAAAGCACCAGCCCCUGAUGGCCACUUCCAUCUCCAUUUUUGUCACACUCACUCUUUCUAACCCUGCUUUUCAUCUCUUCAAAGUCUAUCAAAUAUUAUUGCUGAAUGCAUUUCUGAUUAACUCUCUCUCUCCAAAAAAAUAAAUUUAUUUAUAACUUAUUAAAAAGCAAUUUCUGUAUUUCCCAAAGGCAGGAAUUAUUUCCCUGGGCACUCUGAGCUGGGAAAUGGGGGAGAUUUUUUCCUAACAACCACAGAAUUGUAUCUUCCAUUAAUUUCUCUCUUUCUUCCCCUUCCUAUAUUACAGAUUUAAUUGAGGUGUGGAAGCACCAGGGUUUCAGAUAAUAUUGUCUGUAUUGUAGGACUGGUGAAUUAUUAAGAAAAGCGAUUUUGUGAAAUAUUCAGAGGGAAAUUGGGAGUGAAAAGCAAUUCAGAGUUGGGUUAUUUUAGAAUAAAAUGUGGUUGAAUGACAAUUAUUUGAUUUGCAAGUGGAUUUAAACAACCUAGCGAGGAGUCAUCAGCAAAAAUGAGAAUUACUGAGUUGAAGGGGUGAGAAGUGAGUGAAGAUUUGGUUUUUCACAAGACAAAAGAACUCCUGAAUUAAUGUUUGUCCCAAUUAAUUUUCAUUGCAUUCUGCUUCCAGAGCCCUUUUGCCUCAGUAGGUUCCUCCUGUUCCCUUUCCCUGCACAGAAAAUGGAAUUUUGUCCCAGCUUGGAGCCUUGGGAGAGCCCAAAGUGUCCCUUGUGGCCAAGGGUUUUGUUGGAUAAAUUGGAUUAAUUGCACCAAGCAGCUCAGGGUGAAUAAUUCAGAUUCAGGGAGCCUCAAACUCCAAAGUUUUUUAGGAAGCACUUUCCAUGGAGCUGGAUCCUCAAGCUGAAGAUGAGAAGCUCUUCCAAGGCUCCAGAUUUCCAUGGUGGAUUUUGGCAGAACAAGGAGUGAUUCCAUAAACCUGGGGCACAGGGAGCUCAGAGCCAAAACUGAAAAAUUUGGGGUUUUUUGGGUUUUUUUUUGCCAGGACAGUUCAGUGAGGUGAGUGCUGGACUAGACUGAAAAAACACCCAAAAUCCUGCAGCAAACCAUGGAAUCAGGGAAUAGCUGGGUGGGAAAGGACCUUAAAUCCCAUUCCUUAAAUCCAGGGACACCUCCCACUGUCCCAGGC